GCAUACAGAUCGAUUGCCUGCUGCUGGCCGAUGCGCUUGCGCAUACAGAUCGAGAGACACGGGCGCACGUACGGCUAAUGCUGCAUGCGUGCUAGCUGCCUCCCACCACCGGCGACCGCCUCCAACAAGACCAUAGGCAGACUAGCUCCUGCUAUCGUCCCUAUAUAAGUAGAUGUGCGUGCUAGUUGAUCGAUAUGGAAGGGGAGCUGGGCCUCAGAUGCUAGCUAGCUCUUCUCCACGUUUAGCUUCCAAUCCGUCCAUCUCUCUGCAGACUGCAGGGGUAUUUCUUGUAGUUCAGCUCAUGAGUUUCACAAGACUUCAUCACACGGUUAAACUACAAAUUGUGCGAGACAAAUUAGUAGCGAUACUGUUGACCAGAAUUUUGGAAAUAAACCGGCUCCAACACCUACUUGCAAAGAUAUUUGGAACCGGUGACCAGCUGCACGACGAUGAAUCCUACAAGACGACCAUGUAAUACACAGUGUCGUCCUCUUCGUUCUACUACUCAACAGAGCAGUCGCCGACCAAUAACGAAUGGAGUAUUAUCUCUGUCCUUCACCUUACACCAUAUUCACACCAUAGAACUGCAAAUGUCCGAGGUACCAACUAACAUCGGUACCUUUGGCAUGAAUGAUGAAUGAAGAGGACGGCGAUGACUAUAUUAGAGAAUGGGAAAGUGAAUAACUGCUCGAUCUGUCACUAACAAUUUGUAAUUCAACAUCAGAGGCAUAUUAAUUUCGUUUAUGAAACGUUGUAAUAUAGACGUGCCUACGGUGGCGUCACGUUUGAUGUAUGGAUAUGUUUGACAUAGUAAGACAUGUUUCAUGUGUAUUCUUUUAUCCAUACUACUCUUAAAGAAAUACAUGUAUGCUGAUGGAUGAAUUAAUGGAAUUUGAACAAGCUCAUUUAUUUGGUGGCUCACGACGUCACAUA